AUGCAGGGUCAGAACAGCAUGCGUGAGGGUCAGGGCAGCCUGGCAGAAGCCGGCCAGAAAAGCCUGCGAGAGGGUCAAGGCAGCCUGCCUGAAGCUGGCCAGAAAAGCCUGCGUGAGGGUCAGGGCAGCCUGCGAGAGGGUGAGCAGAACAAUGUGAGUGAGGCGGGGUUUUUACAGGCGGUGAGUUCGGAUCGCCAGAACAGUCUGAAUCAGGAUGCGGUACCGCAUCGGCAGCAGAGUUUGACGAAGCCGGCGAGCACGAUGCAGCGAGUGUCUAGUCUGGCCGGUGAGUUGGUACGUGCUGGUUCUGUUGUGGCACCGGGCCUAACGACGUUGGGAAGUACUGUCCCGGUGAUGGGUGAUGACGUGAAUCGUGCAAUUGAUGCAGUGUACGAAGAAGACACGGCUUUGAUGGCGACUGACCGUGGAGAGACGGAGUUGGCAAAGAGGGAUGCGGCAGUUGGAGAGGCGUCUGUGGGACUUGGUGCAGAGAAGGGUAGCAAAAACCCUUUGCUGGCAUUCAGUUUUGCGGACAAGUGGGACAUACUGAUGUUGGUCGUGGGCACAUUGCUCUACAUCGGGUUGGGCACAUUACAGCCGAUCAUGACGACGUUCUUUGGAUCGGGGAUGACGGACGCGGGUAUGGGCAAGACGGACGGUUUGGUUGAUGCCUGUACCAAAAUGGCUUAUUUGGGUGUGGCUGCUUUCUUCGGAAUGCUGUUUGCCACCAUAUGUUACGAAGUAUCUGCGGAACGACAGGUCGCGAGGAUCAAACGACAGUACAUACAGUCUGCGUUGCGUCUGAACGUGGGGUUUUAUGACACGGUGGACGUGGGCACUUUGGCUAGCGAUGUGGAGACUUCAUGUGUGCAGAUCCGUAACGGUGUGGGCAACAAGACAGGGGAGAUCUUCAAGAACCUCUCGCUCUUUGUCUCGGGCUACGUGGUCGCUCUAAUGCAUCACUGGAAGAUGACUCUGAUCAUGACCUGCGCUGUACCUUUCUUGGCCGGUGCACUUUUUGUCAUGGUCUUGUUUAUCGGCAAGUCCGCUGCACGCUCUAAGGAGACGUAUACUCUUGCCGGCAGCGUGGCCGAGGAGGCGAUACCAGCAACCCGGACUGUGGCAGCUUUCGGACUGGAAGAGAACUUCAUACAGAGGUUUGCAGAGCGUAUCGAUGUCUCUUUGGCCGAGGAGAUCAAGGGGAGCACUGCAAAAGGAGCGGGAAUUGGUGUUGUCUUCCUCAUUAUAUUCAGUACCUUCGGCCUGGGAUGGCUCUACGGCGGGAAGACCAUCAAGGACAAUAUUCUCUCCGAUGGCAUACUCGGUUUGAGCAGCGCCGCUGACGUGGUGACGGCCUUUUUCUGUGUCCUCACAGCCGCCUUCUCACUGGGCUUCUUGGGACCUAGUAUCUCGGCGCUGACGGCGGCCUCCAAGGCGGUAAUUUCUGUCAAGGCGAUCAUCGAGAAAAAAUCUGAAAUCGACCCUUUGAGCGAAGAUGGUCUCAAACCCGGCACCCCUAUCCAAGGCGGAAUCACAUUCAACGAGGUCCGUUUCGCCUACCCCUCGCGGGCGGAGCGCGACAUUUACCAAAGCGUUUCCUUCGACAUCAAGCCGGGUGAGACGGUCGCCCUCGUGGGUCCUAGUGGCUGCGGUAAAAGUACUGUGAUCCAGUUGAUUGAACGCUUCUACGAUGUCACCGGCGGCCAGAUCAAGGUUGACGGCGUGCCCAUCCAGGAGUACAACCUGGCCUGGCUUCGCAAUCACAUGGCGCUCGUCUCGCAGGAACCAAGACUUUUCUGCGACACAAUCCGGAACAACAUCCUCCAGGGCAAGCCAGACGCAACUGAGGAGGAGAUGAUUGCUGCAGCUAAGGCAGCAAAUGCGCAUGACUUCAUCAUGGGACUGGCUAAUAACUAUGACACUGACGUGGGUAUAGGAGGCGGCUUAUUAUCGGGUGGACAGAAGCAGCGUGUGGCGAUUGCACGCGCGAUCUUGCGUGACCCGGCCAUCAUGAUUUUGGAUGAAGCCACCAGUGCGUUGGACAACCAGUCGGAGAAGAUCGUGCAGGAGGCGUUGGAUAAGUUACUGGAGAGCAAGCGGCGUACGACAAUCUUGAUAGCACACAGAUUGACUACCAUUCGCAACGCUAACAAAAUUAUUGUCAUUGACAACGUGCAAGGGAAAGGUUCGGUGGUGAUUGAACAAGGCUCACAUGCCGAGUUGAUGAAGAUACCGAACGGCGUGUACAAGCAGCUAGUGGAUGCUCAGAGCAUGCAGCCGACUGAAGAGCGUACAGAAGCGCCGGUAGAAUUGAAUAUGGGUCCGGCUGUUAUGAGAAAGUUGGCGAAGACUCGGAGCAAGCAGAGUAUGGAGCGGGAAGGCAGCAUUGCGGUGCCAGUCCCGGCUGCGCAGGAAGGCCAACAGCAGCCGGAACAGCAGAAUGCUCCGGUGAAAGAGAAAGGGCCCACAUCCAAGUUGUGGUCGAUGAUGAUUAGGCGCAGCUGGCACACGUUUUUGGUGACGGUAUUUUGUGGCACAUGCAACGGAGGCAUGCAGCCAUUGAACGGACUGCUGGUGUCGGCUUUUCUUACCAGUUUCCUAAGUUGGGAUCCGUUGCUGGAUAGCCGUGGCAAUGCAAACCACUUGUGGAACGACAGUAAGAGGCUGGCGACCGUGUACAUCUGUAUCGGUUUGGGUAUGGCCCUUACGAUGUUCGGCGAGAAUUAUUUUUCGGACAGGAAUGGGGCAAGCACCAUCGCCACGCUUCGCAAACGCACGUUCGAAAACAUCUUGUACCAAGAUAUGGAGUUCUUUGACAACCCUGCGUACAACACGGGUUUCUUGUCCUCUGUGUUAUCUGCCGACUGCGAGAUGGCUAAGACGAUUACGGGCCAGAACUUCAUGGUCACGUAUCGUAUGGUGAUAACUCUGAUUAUUGGGAUCAUCAUCGCGCUCUCGGCGAGCUGGAAAGUAGCGUUGGUGGUGGGUGGUAUGUGGAUGGUGAUCAUCCCGUUGUUCGUCGUGCAGGUACAGUUGACGAAGGGCACGAGCAUCCAGAUCGGGAAGACGGAUGAGGUGGGGUCUCCAGCGUUCGUCUUCAACGAAGUGAUGAUGAACCUCAAGACGGUGGCGGCGUACAACCUGCAGCCGGCAAUGAACAGUUCCUACCACAAGGCUGUCCAGCACUACUUGAACAUCGGCAUCCGGAACGGCUUCAUUACCGGCGGCGGCACCGCCAUAUCCGAGUGUAUGUCUUACUUCGCCUCUGCCGCCGCCUACCGCUAUGGCGCCUAUCUAUUAGGCACCGGGGAGCUCUCCUUCAGCAUGAUGAGUCGCGCUGUCAUGUCUAUCAUGUUUGCGGGCAACGGAGCUGGGCGUUCCGCUGGCUUCAGUUCGGACGCAAAACGCGCCCGGAUCGCCGUCCAGAAUGUUUUCACGGUUCUUGAGAGGCAGCCGAAGAUGGACGUUCGAUCUGACUACGGCGUUACUCCUGAUUUUAAGAAGGACGUGGCUGUCGAACACGUCAAGUUCCGCUACCCCGGACGACCGACUGUGCCUGUGCUGAACGACGUUCACUUUACCAUACCCGCAGGCAAAACUGUCGCUAUGGUCGGGGAGUCUGGUAGUGGUAAGAGCACCAUUAUACAGUUCCUCGAACGCUUUUAUGACAUCGGCGCCAGCGACUACUUUGCGGAAAUCGUUGAACUACACAACGAAGAACAAAAAAUCGCUGCUAGAGAAAAGGGUACCACACCCGUGCUACUCGAGGAAGCCGACCAAAUGUACAAAGGCCGGCUCCUAGUCGGGUCGGCCGACAUCCAGGAAGUAAACUUAAAACAACUACGAUCCCAAAUUGGACUCGUCCAACAGGAACCUAUUCUAUUUGAUCUAAGUGUCGCCGACAAUAUUCGCUACGGCAAGCUGGACGCGACCCAGCAAGAAAUCGAGACUGCUGCACGGGCGGCCAACGCUCACGAAUUCAUUACCCGGCUGCCUGAAGGGUAUGACACCGGUGUCGGUAAGGGCGGGAAGCUGCUCUCUGGAGGUCAAAAACAGAGAGUCGCCAUCGCUCGAGCACUUGUGCGAAAUCCUAACGUUCUCUUGCUCGAUGAGGCAACCAGUGCUCUCGAUCCCGAGAGUGAAGUCAUUGUGCAAAAGGCGCUGGACGAGCUCCUGAAAACCUCCACCAGAACCACCCUCGUGAUUGCGCAUCGUCUCUCCACCAUCCGGAACGCCGAUCUCAUCGUCGUCUUCAAACCGGAGGCCGGAGCGGGCAGCAAGAUCGUCGAACAAGGCACUCACGAUGAACUGAUGCGCAUACCCAACGGGGUCUAUGCCAAUUUGGUGAACAUCGCCGCUCAGGCCGGCAAGGGCUAA